CAUGCUACUUGUGCACAAAGCCAGAAUCAAGAGUAUAUCAGUUCUCUCUGCAUAAAACCCUAAGAUCAAUUACUUCGAAAUCGAAACUAAAAAAGUUGAUUCAAAAUGAGCAGAGGAAGUGGAGGAGGAUACGAUCGGCACAUCACUAUUUUCUCACCGGAAGGUCGUCUUUUUCAAGUCGAAUAUGCUUUUAAGGCUGUGAAGGCUUCAAGUAUCACUUCCAUUGGUGUUUGCGGAAAGGAUUCAGUUUGCGUGGUGACUCAGAAAAAAGUCCCUGACAAGCUGUUGGACCCUUCAAGUGUGACACAUCUUUUUCCUAUUACAAAGUACCUUGGCUUGCUAGCUACUGGCAUGACAGCUGAUGCAAGAACGUUGGUUCAACAAGCACGAAAUGAAGCAGCUGAAUUUCGCCACAGAUAUGGAUAUGAGAUGCCUGUUGAUGUUCUGGCUAAAUGGAUUGCAGAUAAAUCUCAAAUUUAUACCCAGCAUGCUUAUAUGAGACCGCUUGGAGUAGUUGCUAUGGUAUUGGGAAUUGAUGACGAAUAUGGCCCUAAACUAUAUAAAUGUGACCCAGCUGGUCACUUCUUUGGCCACAAGGCUACAAGUGCAGGACUAAAAGAACAAGAAGCAAUUAAUUUUUUGGAGAAGAAAAUGAAGAAUGAUCCCUCAUUUUCCUAUGAGGAGACAGUGCAGACUGCAAUUUCUGCCCUGCAAUCAGUUCUACAGGAGGAUUUCAAGGCUACUGAAAUUGAGGUGGGAGUUGUGAGGACAGAUAAUCCAGUCUUCAGAGUGUUGUCCACGGAGGAGAUUGAUGAACACUUGACUGCUAUAACUGAGCGUGACUAAAUAAUGAUCUGUGUCGAAGGAAUCUCAGUGAAGACUCGGAGCACAUUAUUAUUAUCUUUGUUUAUGAUUAAGCACUUGAUGAUAAGCUUGAAGGACUGAGAAGCAUUUCUCAUCUUGUUCUUAGGUGCAUUGUACAAUUACUAUUUUAUGAGUAGUCUUUCAUACCUAAAAAUCUUAUUUUGUUACAUCUGAAAAACUUGCUCAUUAAUUUCCCAAA